AUGACAGAUUACUUGAAAGCUGUAAUUGAAACACAACUUAUAGGAGCAUUUAGAGUGGCAAUAAUAAUGCCUUUAGAACAUGUUCUAGAUAGAAUCAAGACAUAUAAACAGUCAAGAUUAGGAAUCUCCUAUAUAUAAGUAUAUAUAUUAUUUUUGUAUUUUAAGAGUUUUAAAGAAAUAAAGGGAGCUCGCGGUUACCUAGGAUUAUAUGAUGGUUUCUAUCCUAGCUUUCUUAGAAACAUGUUUAAAUAGUACUAUCGUUGGCCUAUGAUGAUCUUUAUCCCAUCAUUUCUUAAAGAACAUAUUCAUAAUUCUUCUCUAAAUAAGAUUCUUACUGGGAUAUCAAUUGGAUUAUUUGAAAGUUGUCUAAUAACACCAUUUGAGAGAUUAAAAACACUAAAAAUGACUACAAUGUCUACAGGAUUUGGAUAUUUGAAAUACAUAACUCUAGAUUCCAUUUAUGUAGGAUUUCGCAUCCAAACUACACGAUAGAUAGUAUCAUGGACAAAUUAUUUAUAUUGGGAUCAUAAACUUAGAUAUGCACUGAAAGUUGAUCCAUCUUAGAAAUUAGGCAUAGUAAAUGUAUUGAUUGCUUCAUUUAUCUCAAGUGUUUUGAAUAUAAUGGCAGGUUUAUAUAAAAUUUAUUUAUAGUUCAUCCAAUUGAUACAUUAAAGACAUUGGUGUAAAUGGAAUCUAAUUAAGCAUAUAGAAAGAUUCCCUUAAUAUAGGCGUUUAAGUUAUUAUUUCAAUAACAUGGUCUAUCUGGUUUAUAUGCUGGUUGGCAGGCAAGAAUAAUAGCCUAUUUUUGUUAGGCAGCCUUGACAACUCCUACAAUAGACUAUUUGGAAAGGAAUUAUGGAAUAGCUAAAAGAAAUGAUAAAUGA